GCCCAAAAAUGUUGCAUUUUGGACGCAUUUUAACGCGUCACGUUAUAUUGCACAAACGCUCGGAAACGCGUCACAAACCCUAAAAAUAGUUACAUGGGCACCGAAACCAUAUCUUACUAAUUCGGUGGCUUCGUCGGAUAUUUUGGAUGAUUUAUUAAUUGAAUAUAGUUUAUUGAAUCCUGACAAUGUCAAUAUACCACUAUUCGAUGAAGGUAGUGAAUUCUAUGAUUCAUUGGAUGAACGAAUCGAAGAUCAAGCUCAAUCAAUGAUUUUCGAUGGAGAAUUACCUAAUUUGCUUGAACAGUCAACAUUUUCGUCAGAAGAGCAUUCAACUACCAGUACAAGUGAAGUGCCAACAAUAACUCGAAAAGAUUCAAUUGUGAUCAAGACAUCGGAUUUACAUGCUCAUUCGAAUUUUAUCAAUUGUACUCAUUUGUAUCAAACAGGCGAAAGAUUAAAAUUACUCAUAUCACCGUAUCUAUACCAACGUGCUCGAUAUGAAAAAGAACAUAACAAAGAUCUACGUUACAUCUCCACACCGGACAAUAAUUGCAUUAAGUUUCAGAUACUAGAUCUUCAAAGUCAUAUGACACCGAACACAUCAGCCAUUAUGCGUAUAUCUCGUACCACAACUCCAUACGGUCCUGAUCGAAUUGUAUUGUGUCAUCCAUAUCCUCUAUGGAUGAAAGAUGAACAUGCAAAAGUUCAUAAUGGUUCUUUACUGAUUGAUGUAACUAAUCAAAUAAGGAAUAAUCAGUCGAUUAAUAUCGAACAUGUGUUGAUGGAAAGAUUAAAACAAGAUGCAUUGAAGAAAAUCCCCGAAUGGCCUAUCUAUACAUCCAAUCAACUUGAUUGUGAUGGUUUCUAUGCGCUUAGUACAAACAAACCAAAAACUAUUAUUGAGAAAUAUAACCUUCAUUAUUCUGUCUUGCAUUUUCAAAUAUUUCUCGUCGAUAAAAAUCAGAUUGUCUAUCCAACUGAUUUAUCAUGUGAAACAGAACCGAUUUUUGAAUAUGAAGCGAAACACCGUAAGGAUACUCCAGCAAUUGUGGCGCCUAAGCAAAAACGUUUACAACAAAAAUCGAAUACGGCAUUUUAA